UGUGUUGUGCUGUGCGUCCUGCUGCUGGGGCUGUGAGGUGCUCUCGGACAAGCUCCGAAGUUACGACAUGAAUUCAGUGACCUAUGAUGAUGUGCAUGUGAACUUCACUCGGGAAGAAUGGGCAUUGCUGGAUCCUUCACAGAAGAGUCUCUACAGAGAUGUGAUGCUGGAGACCUACAGGAACCUCACCGAUAUAGGUUACAAUUGGGAAGCCCAUAAUAUUGAAGAGCAUUGUCAAAGUUCUAGAAGACAUGUAAGGUAAUUUUUCAUGUGCAAGUUGGUAUGAAUAUGCCUCUGAAGAAUUUUAAUGUGUCCUGUACAUAUAAAGGAAAACAACAGUGUACAAAAAGCACUUCUUUAAGUAUAUUGAUGAUUAUUAAAUUCUCAA